AUUAGUCCACGACAAGAUCAUUAUGAUAGUAUAUGUUAUAUGAUGUGGUGUGGACAGUCAUCAUUUGGUCGAAUAAUUACUUCUCAUCCAGCACUUGAGGGAACUUUUUGUGGUUCAUCAAAAUGGUGUGAACUUGGUCGAUGUGUACCGUGGCCUGGUAUUGGCCCAGCUGCUACACCUAAGCGUAUCGAUGGACAAUGGUCUGACUGGUCUGAAAUUUCAUGUCAAUCAUGCAAAUGCUCUGAUAUAACUGGUAGUAUAGGUAUUGCAACAAGUUCUCGAAGUUGCAGUAAGCCAGCACCUGCAAAUGGUGGUGCAGAAUGUAUGGGUGCAACAUUGCGUGCAGUUAUAUGCAAUCGUCGUUGCACAUCAUCAACUAAAUCGAUUGAGAAUCACAUUAAAGAACACUGCACGCAACAGAAAAAGCUAAAAAAUGAUUCCGAUUUAACUGGAAGUGGAACACAAUUAACUCGUUAUCCUCAACGUGCAUGCAAGGUUUUUUGUGAUGUGAUAAAUCGUUAUGGAUCACAACGAAAUUAUCGCUUUUUUGGUAAUAUUCUUCCAGAUGGUUCACCAUGUGGCACUAAUAAGUAUUGCUUGGAUGGCGAAUGUCUUCCAUUAUCAUGUGAUAAGAGUGCAUUAAUCACACGUGAUUUAUCCUGCCCUAGCACUAGCGAACGAUGCCCUCAGGGAACUGUAAUAACUAAUACAGUAUCUGCUCAAUGGUCAUCCUGGUCAACAUGGACAUUUUGCUCACAAACAUGUGGUACAGGCUACAGACAGCGAGUUCGAUCAUGCAAUGGUGGAAAAAAUCAAUGCUCAGGUGGAUCAUCAGAAAAAAUUCAGUGUAAUUUGCCAGCUUGUGGUACAACGUCAGAGCAAGAAGGUAGCUGGAGUGAAUGGACUCCGUGGAAUCAAUGUUCCGUUACGUGUGGUAUCGGAUCGCAAGCACGAUAUCGACGAUGCACCAGUUCAUCGCAAAAUUCACUUUCAUUCUCAUGUCCAGAAAAUUCAAUGGAAACGAGACAAUGUAAUAUGGGUACAUGCAAUACGGGUACAGUUGGUUUAUGGGGUAGUUGGACGGAAUGGUCACAAUGCUCAAUUAGCUGUGGACCUGGAAUACGAAGUCGAAAUCGUUACUGCACCAAAGAACCAUGCGAUGGUUCAGGACAAUCAAGAAUGUCAUGUAAUUUGGGUCCAUGUGAAAUUAACCUUCGAUGGUUGCAAUGGGAAGCAUGGUCACAAUGCACUUUGACCUGUGGAAAAGGUGUACGUAGCAGAAAGAGGUAA